AAGCAGUUUCAUUCUUCUGUUAAUUUCUGGAAGUAAGGAGCCUUCUAAAAAGGGGAGUUCGUCAGGGCUGUGUACUUUCUCCACUUGUCUCAAGUACAGUGUUGUUUAUUAUUACAUCUUGAACAUUCACUCGCUCGUUGUACAUGGUCUUUGUUUUUGUCAAGUUGAUUUUUAAGCCAACUUCAUUGUUAGCUGCAUUUACCUCGCCGCUUAUAAGUUCUUGUUGUUCUGCAGGAUUAUUAGCAAUUAAAACGAUGACGUCUGCAAAUCUUAGAUGGCUGAGAUAUUCUCUAUCAAUGAAUAGGCCUUUUGUUAUGCGAGUUCAUUUUGCUGAAUAUAUUUUCUAAAAUUGCGGUGAAUCAAAAGCCUUUUGGAAACCUAUAAAGGUUAAUGCUAGCGGUAUUUCAUAUUUUUAGC